AUGAAACCGAAGAUGAUGGAGCAAUAUAUGGGUGAUCUACCAAGUGUUCGAGUAACUGCUGCAUAUCCGUUCUCACGAAGUGGAGUUGACUACGCAGGCCCUUUUUUCCUUAAACAAGGUCGUGGCCGAAGUCCAAUCAAGGCGUACAUUAGUUUGUUCGUGUGUAUGAGUACGAAGGCUAUACACUUAGAACUGGUGACAUCGCUGACGACAGAUGGUUUCAUGAGCGCUCUCCAUAGAUUUGUUGGACGUCGUGGUAAUGUAUCGGAUCUGUACUCAGACAACGGUACAAAUUUUGUAGGGGCAUCUAAGGAACUAAUCGAGUUACGAAACCUUUUGAAGUCACAGUCCCUGGAACAGAAGGUGAGCGAAUUUUGUCAAGUUCGAAGAACUACUUGGCAUUUCAUUGCUCCUAGGGCGCCACAUCAAGGUGGCCUUUGGGAAUCAAACGUGAAAUGCAUGAAGAAUCAUCUCUACAAAUCUUUGUCGGAAAGCCACCUAACAUACGAAGAAAUAAACACUUUGUUGAUUCAAAUCGAAGCAAUACUGAACUCAAGACCUUUGAUUCCCAUGAAUGAUGAUCCCUUCGAUUAUCAAGCUCUUAGCCCUGGUUAG